UAGCGAAGAAAUAAUUUUAUUACGCCAUUCAAAUAUAAAUUAUGUAACACAUUACGAUGUCUUCAAAACGAUCAUUAUCUAAUUUACUUGAUUAUUACUUUAAAUUAAAUACCAAGCAAAAGAGAGAUUGGCGAAGAACAACCAAAAGAAUAGAAAAAAAUGAAAAAUAUAAAGCUCAAUAUCCACCAUUUGAAUAAUCAUCAAACAUCAACAUUAUACAUAUUCAUUGUAAAACAACAAUUUCCAUUAUUGAUGAGCUUAUUAUAAAAGCAAAACAAACAAAACGUUAUGUCGUUGAUACUGAAUCACAAAAAGGCAAACAAGAAAAACGAGGUGCAUUAAUACAAAUACAAUUCAUUCAUUCAACCCAUCAUUCAACAAUAAUAUUAAUAGAAGCUAAUUAUUUAUCCGAUCCACAAUCAAUUUUAUUUAAACAAAUAAAAGAAUUAUGCUCAAUCAAAUUCAGCAACAACAAUGAAAUUAUAUCAUGGGGGCCAUUGGAAGAAGAAUUCAAAAAUUUUCAUCACCUCAACCUCAUCCAUAUAGGUAAGAACAUUAAAGACACUAAUCUACAAUCUUUAUUUAGUGACCAGUACGAUACUGCUAAAACGCAUCCAGAAAUGGAAAAGCGUGAUGAUCAAACCAGGUGCAUAUCAUUUGAUAUAUAUGAUACAUCUGGUGAUAAUGAUAUCCAUGAUAAUGAUGAAGAAAUGAACGAUGAUUAUGAUGAUAAUUAUCCAGUUCAAUAUAAUUCAAAUCAACCAAUAUCUUUACAAAAUGCUAUUGCAACAACAUCCGGAAAAUUUAUUGAUAAAUCAUUAACUGUUAAUCAUUGGCAAUGUGGUUUAGAUUUAGAUUUAAAUACAUGGAAAAAUCAAUUAUUUAGUCGACGUCAAUAUAAUAAAAACAUCGAAGAAUAA